AGACUUGACCCGACGUCGAAAUCAUAAAUAAAAAUUACGCGAAUCUGAGAAACAUGAAGCUGGUCGAGGAAGAAGACUACGGUGCGAGUCUCCAUCUUGCUUUUACGGCAAUCUGAUACCAUUUUUGGAGGAAAAAAAUCAACACUUCGCUAUCACUCUACCCCAACUCCGCCGCCGCCGGCGUUGCAUAACCUAGAAGGAUAAUUUCUGCUACGGCAGCCAUCUCCGAUAGAGACUCUAGCUCAGGUGAUGGCAUCGUCCGUUGAUCCUGCUUCCCCGCACUCCGGCGAGGCUGUCCGUAAUCUCUCUUCUUCUUGGUCGAAUGUUUCACGUGGUGAGCUUGAGCGAAACUCCUUUGCCACCCCUCUUUCCUCGCCGUCGGUCUUACCGAUAGCUUCACCGGAGAUAACAGGACGAUCGCCGCGGAAGGUGUCGGGGGGCUCGGGGCCGGCGCUGUCAUCUGUGGGUUCCGAGCAUGGUGUUAGCGGCAAUGCCGCUGACGCGGUUUUAAGUCCCAUGGGGAAGAAGACUGCUUGGAAAUUUCAAUCGAACGGUACGAUCGAGACGGGAUCCAUUAUGGACACUGUUUCGUGGCCUGCACUCUCCGAGUCUGCCAAGUAUUCACCGAAAUCCGUCUCUUCUGAUCUCUUGAAGCCCGUCGCCGAUGUGUCGAACUUUACUCCGCCGUCCGCGGCAUUGUCUCAUUCCUCGAAGCUAGUUUUGAGUAAUCAAAACUCUGGUUCUAGUCAAAAUCCCGAAUCUCCAGCCCGUCAAAAAUCCAUGAAGCGUGGCGCUGAUACCGGCGGUAGCAUGAGCAGCUCCGGAUCAUUGAAUGGCGGAGUUGCCAUGCCAUCUUCCUUGCAGGUCUCGGAGGCAAACCAGUUAGUGCCAGGCAAACAACCCUCUUUAGGUUUUCUUACUAGUAAGGGCCUCCAAAGUAAGAACUAUAGCAACAUCAAUAAUGACAAGGAUCAUGGAUCCAAGGCUGGUGGAUUUUCUCCCCAACCCUAUGGUGGGAAUGAACAUCAACGAGGCCAUGGAGGUGUUAGAAGGGGCAGCACAGGCCACCAUAGCAAUUAUGGCAACAAGCGGGAAUCGGAGCGGGGAGGCUACGAGUGGAGUCAUCAGAAUUUAGGUAGAGAUGUCCACAUGCAGCAGUCGCAUAAGCAGCUAGCUGUUCGACCCAUACAAAGGCCUCCGUCGAUUGUUGUAGCGCCCUUUAUUGCUCCUCCUCCACCUCUUAGGCCUUUUUCCAAUCAUUUUGGUUUUCCGGAUUUUCCGUCUCCCGUUUACUAUGUUGCCGCCCCUCCUCUUCCAGAGCCCCUUAGAGGCGUCCCAUUUGCUCCUCAGGCAAGCCUAGCUCCUCAAGUGAUGUUUCUUCCUACACCAGAUCCUCAACGUGCUAUGCUGCUAAAACAAAUCGAGUAUUAUUUUAGCCCGGAAAAUUUGUGUAAAGACAUAUACUUGCGGCAGAAUAUGGAUGAACAAGGUUGGGUUCCUAUAUCCUUGAUAGCUGGAUUCAACAGAGGUAUGAGAUGCAUUGGGGCGGUUUGACGUUACCUUCCCACUUUCUACAACCUCAACGAUGCCUUCUCACGACACGACAUGCAAAAUUACAAAAGCUUGUUGUUUCUGCUAUGCAAUCCACCAUUGUGUAUGAGCAUGUAACGCCAAAACAUACAACAAGACCCACACGUCAACGAUCAUUGCUGCAACCGUUCUUAAGGCGCUUACGACGACACAUAUUUUCUUUUUGGGAGCAGUGGGAUGUUAACCAACCCUCCGGGUCGGUCCACUACUUUCUGGCAUCCUCCCCCUCCCGGAUGGAUUAAAGUAAAUAUUGACGGUUCUCUUCUUCCCUCUAGGUCGUUCGACACAAGAGCUAUUUUGCGUGAUGAACGGGGCCUCGACAUUGUUGCCACCGGGCAUCAUUUUGAGCAUUGGGAUAGUGCCCAAGUGGAGCUUCAAGCUAUCAAUUCCAUUCAAAGUAUUUGCUAACUGUCGAUGCUCAAAUGCAAGGGCAUUAUCAGAAGGGGACAAUGCCAACAUUAUGCAAUAUUUGAGAUCUACCAUCAAAUAGACGUUUGGAGCCAAUGACCGCCUGAAGCACCGAACUUAGCUAUUCUUUUGAAUUUGAAGGAAGCUUUAUUUUUUUUGCACACCUAGGGAAUGUAAUAGGGCGACUCAUUUUUGUGCCAAGCGCGACCUUAGUGGCUCUUUCUUUUGAUACAUGUAGAUGAUGAUAGGGAGCUUUCUUCUAUACUUGUAGAUGAUCGGCUUAUUUUUGUACAUGAUAGAUGCACACGUGCAUAACUUUGUAACUUUUGAUCAUUUAAUGCAAAAUGCAACAUUUCAAGG